UGCGUGCGUGCGCGCGCGCGCGCGGAGGGUGGGCGGCUCCGUGACGUGAACCGGGAGCCCUGCCCCGCCUCCGGCCGCCCCGCUGCCUGCAGCUCGGCGUGGAACGCGGAUUCCGGGGUCGUGGGAGAGCGGGGAGGAGGAGGAGGAGCCAAGAUGGAAGUGAAGGAUGCCAAUGCUGCUCUGCUCAGCAAUUAUGAGGUAUUCCAGUUACUUACUGACCUCAAAGAGCAGCGGAAAGAGAGUGGGAAGAACAAACACAGCUCGGGUCAGCAGAACCUGAACACAAUCAUGUACGAGACGAUGAAGUAUCUGUCCAAAACGCCCUGCAGGCACCAGAGCCCGGAGAUCCUCAGGGAAUUCCUCGUUGCCAUGAAAAGCCACAAGUUAACCAAGGCAGAGAAGCUGCAGCUGCUGAAUCACAGGCCCAUGACUGCUGUGGAGAUCCAGCUGAUGGUGGAGGAGAGUGAAGAGAGGCUGACAGAAGAACAGAUUGAGGACCUUCUGCAGACUGUCACCAGCAUCCUCCCUGGGGACCCUGAGGCCGAGCAGAAGCCCGAGGACAUGGCGGUGGAUGAAGGGGACCCUGAGUAACCGUGGGCCCCGGGACUGGACUCCAGACAGGGAGCCGGCUGAGCAGCUAAGAGACCUUGGCUUCAGAGAAGCCCCUCCCCGUUUACAGGGACCCCGACCCUGGUGGCGAGGGCAGCGAGCCGGCACGGCCUGCUGAGGAGGGAAGGACUCGGAAGGGGCAGCCAGCUGGGGGAGGGGUGGGAACCAAGCUGUCGGCCCCUUGGGUCAAAGUUCUUCUUUCCUCGUUCCAGCCCCAGCUGUGAGCACCUCCCUCGCUCCACGGUGGGGCCCUGCCAUCCUAAGCACUUUCAUAUGUCUCUCCCCGCAAAGGGCCGUCUCUCCAGCUCCCCUUCCAAGCGCUGUGGAUGGGGGAGCUCUAUUUCUCUGGGCUAUUCUGACGGCUUCUUGUUAUUCUGUUAGAGAACCACAAAGAAGAAAAAGAAGAAAGGAAUAAUUAAAAAAAAACCCACACAUUUUUCCCAGCAUGCCAAUUGAGUGAAUUUAGCCAGCCUUUUCUUAAAUUCAUUUUAUUAAUAAUGCCCCUUGUCUCAAGAUCGGGGUUUUCCAGUGGAAAAACUGUGACUUAGUAGCUAAAGAGCUAGCUGGCUUCAGAGGCCUGGGUUCUGGGCCUGUCUCUGACUCGAGCUGGUUGUCUGACCCCAGGCAUGUAUGUAACCUCUCACUGCAGUAGGCUGCUCUCUCAGACUGUCAGUUGCAUUGGUAUGCAGGGAUUCCUUGUAUCGAUGAAAUCUCCAGUCGAAUCUUUCAACUUAUUUUUUUGGAGCUCUGCCGUCUAAAGUGGAACCCUUUCUUGUCUUUUCUGGUUUUUGGCCUUUUUUUUUGGUUAAAUUUUUUUGGAUU